GAUGCAUCACUCUCUGCCAAACGAAAACAAAAUUAUGGAUGCGCACGAAUUAAUUGAGAUUUAUUUUAAACUUGGCCUUCAAUACAAAGACAUUGUUUCUGUUCUUGCACUUCGACACAGAUAUGUAAUUUCUGAGCGACAUUUAAAACGCAUUUUGAGGUCUAGACGCCUGUUUCGACGAAAAGAAUACUCAAGUAUCGAAGACGCCAUUGCAUUUAUUCAGCAUCAACUCCAAACAUCAGGCCAGCUACACGGAUACAGGUGGAUGCAUGAAAAGUGUAAAGAAAAUGGAUUACAUAUUAGAAAAGAACAUGUUCGCUUAAUUUUGAGCUCGUUAGAUCCUGGUGGAGUAGAAUUUAGGAGAGCCCGACGUCUUCAUCGACGUAACUAUUUCGCAAAAGGACCGAAUUACAUCUGGCAUUUUGAUUCAUAUGAUAAACUAAAGCCAUAUGGUAUUUGCAUAAACGGCUGUAUCGAUGGCUUUUCUAGGAAGAUUAUUUGGCUAAAUGCGUUCACAACAAGCAGUGACCCGAAGGUAAUCGGAGGAUACUACGUGGAAGCAGUGGAAAGUUUAAGUGGCUGCCCUCGGAUCGUUAGAGGCGACUGUGGAACUGAAAACGGGCACGUGCGAGACUUCCAGCGUUUCCUCAGACGCAACAUUCUGCAGGACUCCACCAUUGACAGCUACAUAGAAGGUGUAAGCACGGCCAAUCAGCGAAUAGAGAGUUGGUGGGGAUUCCUCAGGAAAGAAUGCAUGGAGUUUUUCAUCUCUUUGUUCGCUGACCUGAAGGACAAAGGGUUGUUCGACGGGGGAUUUUUGGAUAAAAAUCUAAUCCGUUUCUGUUUCUUGGGAAUUAUCCAGGAUGAAUUGGAUGAAACUGCUCGUGUGUGGGAUGCACACGUAAUAAGACCUUCAAAAAACAUCAGAGUGCCAAGUGGUAGACCCAAUGUCAUGUACUUAUUCCCAGAGCUUUACAGAACAGAGAACUGCAUGUCACCAGUGGACACAGGAGACCUACAGCUGUGCAAGACAGAAUGCACAUUUCGAUCGUCUAUACCUUGUGACAGUGAUGUCUAUGACAUUUGUAAUUCUAUCCUGAGUGAGGCACAUUUUGAGCUUCCAAAGGACUCAUAUCAAGCAAUAGACUUAUACUUGCAUCUAAGGAAUGCAAUACUGACCUUAUUGUAACCUCUGCUCAGGCUGAAAAUAGAGGGGUUGGUGGCAUUUUUUAUUUACAUGAUUUCUGAUGCACAAAUGGUAAUGCUAAAAAGUACUAUGAUGUUACAAUAUUAAAAGUCACUAAUUGUUUCUAAAAUACUUAAUGUUAUUGAGCAUAUGUUGUUUGUUUAUGCAGGGUCCUUUCUAUUAUAGUUUAAGAAAAAUUUUGUUCACUACCAUUGUGUUUUUCCAAUUUCUGACAUUUUCUUCUGUGAUACACAAAUGUUUAGCAGAAUGUGCAUUGAGCAGUUAUCAGCCUCCUGUCACCAUCAUACAAUUGUUGUGAAUGUUUUAUGAGGCUGUUGAUGCCUAAUACUCUGCUAAACAUUUGUGUUUCUCAAAAGAAAGUUCAUGUAAUAAACGACAGAAUUGUGAUUUUCUUGUAAACUUUAGACUCAUGCAGAAUGUUUUUCUUCCUCAAUAAAAUUGAAUAAGCAUCAAAUGCACUAAAUACAGAAAGAUGUUAAGAACACAGUUGGGGCCUUUUUAUUGACUAUUAAACUGUAAUACAGGCAAUGUUUUGCUGACAUAUAACAAUGUAUACAAACAUGGAUACUCAACUCAGUAACAUGUUUUUCUGCAUUACAGUAAAUUGUAAAUGAAAAACAAAUGGCAAUAUGUAAAGAAUAUUAAACAGAUUAAAAUUACAGUGUGUAAUAAACCGUCUGUUUAAAUCUCCAUUAAAUCCCCAAUUAAAUCUGAACUGUAUGGACAUGUUUGUGUAUAAA